CCUUGAAGUGAAAGAGGAACAGAGGGAGGGGAAAAAACAAUCACGCUAUCAUUAUUACUCCGGGUUCUAAGUCCACGCGGUGAUUGUCAGCGUUUGUUGACAGUGUCUGUGUCAGUUUUCUCACACUUUUUUCAACACUACAUUGAAUUAUAUUUUCUCUUAACUACCGGACAGCUCGGUGGUGCCUGUUGUGGUGACAGUUUGGUGUCCCAGUUUGGGUGAGCAGGCUGUCGCGGGACAGACGCUCACAUCUGUGAUAACAGAAGCACAGUCGGAUCGGUGUGAGCCAGGGGAGGAGGACUCAGCGUGCGUGCCACCAUGCCUGUGCGACAGAAAGAUGCCCAGCGUGCCCUGGAGCUGCUCCAGCAGUAUAGAGCCAAGCUAGACCAGAGACAGCAAAAGGCCAAACAGGGACCUGUGGAGGAAGACCACCAGCUGCAGCAGUCUCUGGACAAAGUCAUCAAUGUCUUUCAAAGUCAGCUCUUCAGUGCACUUCUUGAUAUCCAGGAGUAUUAUGAGUUUACCGUCCUUGCAGACAGCAAGUGCUCUGCGGACAGUCCCAAGAACCUUGCUGCCUCCUGCAGGCUGCCAGCAGAACCCUCAGCCCAGCCACAGCCCUCCACAGAUCCCUUGACCUCCAGCAUUUCUGAUGGACAAUCCCAACCCAAACCACUCGUCUCCAAACCCAGGUCAGUCAAGUAUCCUGCGCCUCCAGUACCAUCAGCAACACCAGCAACAAAGUCAUCUUCGCCUACAACACAGUCCAGCACACCUGAGCUGGCCAAAAUGAAGUAUCGUGCUCCUCUUCCUCCUGCUCAACCGGGGGGCUCCAAAUCACUUGAAGAGGAGACUUCUAAACCUUCCCCCAGUGUCACAGUUAGUAAUGCAGAAACCCCAACCGGCUCCACAAAUACAUCUCCUGGAGUGUCGCUAAAUGGAACAAAGCUUCCUGCUACCAGCUCUGGCAUUUCUUCAGAAAGCUCCACCAGCCCACAAAGCGUUCCUGCUUCUUCUGACCUGGUGACAGUCUCAGCCCUCGUCUCGAGCACCAUUCAAGGCCUUGUGUCUCCAACUGCUCCAGUCAAACCUGCCCGCACCAGGAUCCCUUCCAGCACAAGCACAGGUCCCAACAAAGUCACAGAUUCUGUCCCUACUGCUCCUCUGACCAGCAAGGACUCAGGAUUCAGCAAAGUCACUCCCAUUCCAAGUCCAACUAGUCCAAGCCAGGGAAAAUUCACCUUCAGCGGACGCAGGUCCACAAGUCCACCUGGACAGCUGAACAAAGGACCUUAUGCCCCAACCAGUCCUGGGCCAGGAAAGGGCCCUUCCACUAGCCCAACCCAUGGUCCAGCCCUCUCCAGGCCACCCACGAGCCCAGUGACCCCCAACAAGGCCAACCCCCCUCCAGUGGUGGUCAACACCGACAGCGUCGACACCCCCCCAUAUGUCAAUGGAACAGAAGCAGACUAUGAGUAUGAGGAAAUCACGUUGGAGCGGGGUAACUCAGGCCUCGGCUUCAGUAUCGCUGGAGGGACCGAUAACCCCCACAUUGGAGAUGACCCCUCGAUCUUCAUCACCAAGAUUAUACCUGGAGGAGCUGCAGCCCAGAAUGGACGACUCAGGGUGAAUGACUGUAUAGUCCGGGUGAAUGAGACGGACGUCAGAGAAGUGACCCACAGCGGCGCCGUGGAGGCUCUGAAGGAGGCAGGUGGUCUGGUCAGACUGUGUAUACGACGCAGGAGGAGCCUCACCGAGAGAAUCCUGGAUAUCAAACUAGUCAAAGGUCCCAAAGGUUUAGGAUUUAGUAUAGCUGGUGGAGUUGGAAACCAACAUGUCCCUGGCGACAACAGCAUCUAUGUGACCAAAAUCAUUGAGGGAGGAGCAGCACACAAAGAUGGACGUCUACAAAUAGGCGACAAGCUUGUUGCUGUAAAUGGUUCCUGUUUGGAGGAGGUAACUCACGAGGAGGCAGUGGCCGCCCUAAAGUCGACUCCUGAUGUCGUGUACCUGCGUGUGGCCAAACACACCUCCCUUUUUAUCAAUGACAAUUUCCCUCCGCCCGAUGUCACUAACUCAUAUUCCCCACACCAGGAUAACCACAUCAGCCCCUACAUGAGUGGGAGCCAAUCUGUAAGCCCUGCCCCACUGACCACCCCCAGAUACUCACCGCUGCCCAGGUCCAUUGCGGGAGACGACGAUAUCACCCGGGAACCCAGACGGGUGGUGCUGCAGAGGGGAUCUACAGGUCUCGGAUUUAACAUUGUUGGAGGGGAAGAUGGAGAAGGGAUCUUCAUUUCCUUCAUUCUUGCUGGAGGUCCAGCUGAUCUCUGUGGGGAACUUCGAAAGGGAGACCGCAUCCUGUCGGUGAAUGGGGUGGACCUGUCCAGUGCAACACACGAGCAGGCAGCCGCAGCUCUGAAAAAUGCAGGACAGACCGUCACCAUAGUAGCCCAGUUCAGACCAGACGAGUACAGUCGUUUCGAGGCAAAGAUCCAUGACCUGAGGGAACAGAUGAUGACCAGCAGUGUCAGCUCCAGCUCCACGUCUCUCCGCUCCACACAGAAGCGCACACUUUACGUCAGGGCCUUGUUUGACUAUGAUGGAAGUGCUUCGGAUCUGAGCGUGCCCAAUCAGGCCCUGCCCUUUCAUUUUGGGGAUAUCCUCCACGUGAGCAGCGCCAGCGAAGAGGAGUGGUGGCCCGCCCGUCACCUUAGCCCCCCGCCUCCAAACUGCCCGGAAGUCGGGGUCAUCCCCAGCCGCCGGAGGGCAGAAAAGAAGGAGAGGUCGAGGUUAAAGACAGUCAGAGUGAGCAGGUCUCAGGACAGAUCAGAUCAGGAUGAUAAAGAGCUGGUAACCUCUGGCACCAGCGAUAAUGAGAGUAGUUCCUCUGGUCAGGAGGAGAUCUUCCUCACCUACCAACCUGUCAUGCAGCAUGAAGUUAAUUACACACGGCCAGUCAUCGUGCUUGGACCAAUGAAAGAUCGGGUUAACGAUGACCUCAUCUCCGAGUUCCCUGACAAGUUUGGCUCCUGCGUCCCACACACAACACGGCCACGGAGAGAAUACGAGGUGGAUGGCAGAGAUUACCACUUCAUGUCCUCCAGAGAGCUCAUGGAGCGAGAGAUUCAGGAGCACAAGUUCAUUGAGGCUGGACAAUAUAACAACCAUCUGUAUGGAACCAGCAUACAGUCUGUCAAAGAGGUCGCUGACAAGGGCAAGCACUGCAUACUGGAUGUAUCAGGGAACGCGAUAAAGCGUCUCCAGAUGGCAGGCCUCCAUCCCAUCGCUAUCCUCAUUAGACCACUCAGUGUCGACAACAUUUUAGAGAUGAAUAAGCGUCUCAGUGAGGAGCAGGCAAGGAAGGCCUACGACAGAGCUGUGAAACUGGAGCAGGAGUUCACAGAGUACUUCACUGCGAUCGUCCAGGGCUCAACUCUAGAGGAAGUGUAUUCGCAGGUGAAGCAGAUCAUCGAGGAGCAGUCUGGUCCUUACAUCUGGGUUCCCACCAAGGAGCGACUCUGAAUAAAUACCCACAUACACCAUACUCACACACAUACACACACAAACAUCAGCCUCUCUGCACACUUCCUUCUUGUCUAAUUUUCUAUUAUCAGCCUGCUUCCUCGCUCUCUUUUUCUUACGCACGCACAUCACUACAUGCAUUGACACAUUUACAUAAGCACAUUCAAUGGGACGAGGCUGGGACUAUCUGGGACUGCUGCUUCCUGAAGUGGGAGGAGCUCAUGUCUGUCCAGCAGCCUAUUGGUGGAUCUUCCUACGGCUCAGUUCCUUAAUGUUUAAGGAGGUGGUUUAAAUCAAGGCGACAUGUACCAUUAUCUGAUUUGAUUUCAUUAUUGUUCUUCUUAUUGUUGUUGUCGUUGUUGUUUUCAUAUUAACAAAGGGUAAUGCAUUCAUGUAUGGGUUUGUAAUGAUUAUAUUGUCACCAAGAGGCAGAUUUUUGCACGCUGUAGCUUUAAGAGCAUGUUUUUGGGACAAAAUCUUGAUCUCCUUCCCUCUCUGUCUGUCUGUCUCCUCAUAGCAUCACUCCUGUUUAGAGUUUCUUAUUCAUGUUUUUUUUCUCAAUCCUGAAUCCUUUCAUUCCCUUUACUCUUUUGACUAUUCACAGACUUUAGAUAUGAGGUGAAAAUCAUUAUAAAAUUUCCAAUACUCCCCAGAAUUUUGGCAUCAAAACAAAUACUGUUUAGAGAUGUAGCAAGAAUAUAUUAAUCAUUUAAUCUGUAAGCAAUGUGUGGCAUAAUAAUAAUUAUAUUAAGAAGCAGCAGUUCUUGAUCCGAUAACUAAAGAAGAUUAAAUUCAAAUAAAUAAAGUGCAAAGCCCUCUAUCAGUAGUUUGCUAUUAAAAGGUCAAAAACAAACUGCCUCAUAAUGAUGAUGGAGUACGUUUGGAGCUCUGGGCCUGCAUUCAUCACAUUUCUGAGAAAUAUUUUUAAUAUAAAUCACAGGUCUCCAUGGUGAGUAGAGACGAGGUCAUAUUUGUCAGGCAGCUCACUGCGAUUUACAGCCAAAGAGAAAACACGAUAGAGCAGCUCAUAAGGCCAUCGAACGGUCAAUCACCAAUCAGAGUCAAGUCAUCUCCACUGUUGCUCGUUACUUUUUACAAAUUCUUAUCUUCAGUAGAAAUGUAUCAUCUAAUUUACUAAAUAUAUAAAUACUUUGUCUGGAAUACAAAGUACAGAUGAAGGGAAAAUGGUAAAAAUCUUUAAAAUUUUCAAAUGUUAAAAUCAGAUACAAAUAACAGAUUAUGGUACAAGCUGUAGUUUGUGUAAACACUCCAAAACAAUAACAUUUAAAUCAGAAUAAAACAAUAAACGGCUCCAGUUUGUGAGGGGAAAUAAAAUAAAAUGGAAUUCAGACAUUUUUCUUUUUACUUAAGUUCUAAAAUUGUACUCGACAGCUCGAUAAACAGCGGCCCAGAUUUGAGAUCGAGUCUGUUUCGUAGAAGCUUUCAUCUCGAAGAGGCUUCUCUGCCUUUUCCUUCCACCUCCGCUUCCUUCUCUCUGUCUCAUGCCUUCGUGUCUCCUCCUCUGCGCAGUGUGACGUUAGUUGCGCACGCCAGCAUUAAACAGUGUAUCUUCUGCUUCAUCAUCACUAUCAUCACGAUCAUAAUCAUCAUGGUUACGGCUUUCCUUCUUACCGUAGUUGCACUAAUGAGGGCUGGUUUCUUAAAAGCAUCUUUACCCUCCAAGUGUUUCCGGUCUCCGCACGUGAUGACGCAACACACUCGCUUUUCUCUCAGCGAUGAUUGAGCUGCUUUGAGACGAAGUUGGUCGACACGUUUUUUUUGGUGAAGGUUAAAAAACACGUCAUAGUGUACUCUUCUGGAGAAACUUGCUGUUUGGAUUAACCAAUUGACUGUAAUCCACUUUUUCCCCCGCUGGAUUUAUAAGUUUAAGCCUUUAUGUGUGACCUCAGCACUCCAUGCAUAAAUAUCCAGCUAAGGGUUAUAUCUUGGAGCCUGUUUUCAUUAUUUCACAAAUGUCUACUUUAUGCAUGGAAGGAUGCAAUGUUUGGCUCGAGGCUGAACUGACUUUUCGUUCAUUUAAGGAGGCCACACAGCACGAGAAGCAAACCUAACCCCGUAAAGCCUGAGCCAUUCCUUCUGACAAAUGAAAAAAGAAAAAAGAAGAAGAAAUGAAUUAUCAAUACACGAGUUUCAAUUUGUAUAAUUUUUGCUUUAUCUGGCAUUUUUUAAGGUGAUGAUAUUUAAAGAGAUUUAAAAAAACUCACAACUCAUGUGUUAAAUAUGAUAGAGUUGGUGUUAUGGGGUUAAAGCUACUCAGUGGAGUCUGUGACCACGUUAACAGCACAUGUAACCUAACAAUGGCGAAUCUGUUGGUCAUGUGACGCUUGCUUAGUGCAUCUGUUACCUGUAGUAGUCUUUUCAGAGGCUUUGCUGCUUGUCGCCGAGGCUCAGCUUAACAACACGUGACUAAACUCUACUUGUACUGAAAACUAAAAUGAAAACAACAACAAGAACAAAAAUCUUAGCAGUGUUGUUGAGUAUAUCUCUGUUUUUUAGCAUUGCAUCUGCUUUAUCGUCAGGGCCAUUUAAUGCAUUCUACUCAGUGGCCUGAAAAGUGCUGUGGAGCAAUAUUAUUUUCACUUUCUUGCAAUCCAGGUUGCACCUGUAAAGUUUGUCGCAUGACUGCAAAAAAUUAUUUACACUCUAUUCGCCUCAUAGAUAUUUUGUCAUUCGGAUUAGAGAGUACAUUUUUGAGAGCCCUUUGCUACGUAAUUGGCGUUGGUGUAAUGUUUCCAGUUUCUCCAGGGAGCAACAUCACGAGUGCUGAGGUCACUCACCGGAAACACAAUGUAACAUAAUCUCUUGUUUUCCAAACGUAACAUUCGAGAUCCCAAGAUGCUUUUGGCGACGCAGCCCCCACCUGUAUGGACCUUGUCAGCCACCCGCUCCCCAUCUCCAUUCUCCAACCCCGAGGCGACUUCUCCAAGCUGACUGGAGACUGGAGACGUAUAGAAAGACUGUUCUGUCAACAGAGUAGCUUUUUAUUUCAAAUAACAACCAGUUUUUGACCGCAUGUGUUUUAAAAGGCUUUAAAUGUUUCUCCACAGAAUGUUCAAAUAAGCCAAAUCUGUAAUCCUCACUGAUUCAGGUCGAUCAGUACUGUGUUUGUGUGUUGACAGAACUGGGCUGUCUGUAUGACUCUGGCUGUGUGUUUUUAGCCAGGGGACCAUGCCACUGUAUGUUAGAGUAAAGCACCGAUGCAAAGAAUCUAUUACAGAGAUGGAACUAUAUCUAACAUAUAAUAUUUAUCCCUGCUCUAACUGCCUAUUUUGGUACAAAAAAACAUAAAUAAAAGUCUUUAUUGAGAUUUACUGAAAUCCUUUUACCUUUAA